GGCGCAUCGGCCUCUGUGUUAUUCGCUUUCUUACUGGACCCUCUACAGCCACAACAUUCAGCCGACACGCUCACGCGCACCUCUCUCACUUGCCCCACCAUGAGCAACGCCGACAUUGCAACCCUAGCUGACGAACAUGAGUCCAAGCAUCAGCAGGAGACCAAGACGGGGUCCGAGAACGUAGAAGCUGGGGAAGUCGAACGCACACAGCCUCGUGAUCUUGGUGAUGGCAUCCCCGACGGCGGCCUUCUCGCGUGGCUACAGGUCGUGGGUGCCUUUCUCGUAUUCGCCAACACCUGGGGCAUCUGCAAUACCUUUGGCGCGUAUCAAACGUACUACGAAGGCGCCCUCCUCUCCUCCCAAAGUGCAGAACAGAUUUCAUGGAUCGGCUCGCUGCAGCCGUUUCUACUGCUCGUUAUCAGCGUACUCACUGGGCCGUUUUUUGAUAUGGGCUACUUCCGUUCACUGACCAUCUCCGGGUCGAUUCUGAUGGUCCUGGGAGUCAUGAUGACGAGCAUUGCAACCGAGUAUUGGCAGAUCAUACUCGCUCAGGGAGUCGCGUUCGGGCUGGGCUCAGGGAUGUUGUUCACACCUGCAAUCGCGGUCGUAGCGACGUAUUUCAAGAAGAGAAGAAGCUUUGCCGUAGGUAUUUCGGCGAGUGGCAGCAGUAUUGGCGGCGUCAUAUACCCUAUCGUAUUUCGUCAACUCGUCGGCUCUGCGGGCUUCGGCUGGGCGACCCGUGCUAUUGGGUUUAUCGCACUCGGAACGCAGCUCAUCGCACUUGCCGUCAUGCGCCAGCGCGUUGUUCCGAAAACAAACCAGCGCCGCGCGCUCUUCGACCUAUCCGCCUUCAAAAACGUACCCUUCCUACUAUUCUCUUUCGGGUGCUUCAUGGGCUUCAUGGGCCUAUAUAUCCCCUUCUUUUACAUCUCCUCCUACGCACUCUCCAAGACCACCGCCUCCGAAGAGCUCGCAUUUUACUUCCUCUCCAUCCUCAACGCGACAAGUACGUUCGGACGUAUAAUCCCGAACUUCAUCGCGGACUACAUCGGCCCGCUAAACACGAUCCUGCCCUGCACGUUUGCGUCAGCGAUCCUCGCGUUCGGGUGGCUGGGCGUGGACAACGUGGGCGGGCUUCUCGCGUUCUCAAUCAUAUACGGCUUCACAAGUGGGACCUUUGUGUCGCUGCCUGCGUCGACGGUUGCGUCACUGACGCCGGAUCUCACCCGUGUGGGGACGUGGAUGGGGAUGUGCUUCGCCGCCGCGGGGCUGGGCGUGCUGGUCGGCACGCCUGUAGCAGGCGCGUUGAUUGACAUUGAAAACGGAGUGUAUUGGAAGGCACAGUUGUUCUGCGCGAUCUUGAUUCUUGUUGGUGCUGUGUCGAUCGCAGCUGCACGUGUAUUGAGGGCAGGGGUAAAAAUAGUUUGGGCAUAA